AUUCAUUGCAAUCAAAAGUGUGUGUGUAUCUCGGUAAGUCGCAGUGGUAUGCGACAGCAGUUGCUGUCAUAAGACAGCAGUCAGCUUCCUGUAAUGGCGCCCAGAUUUCAGGUGAAGUCCAAUAUGAGGAGUAUGGAGCAGGAAUUGCUGUGUCCUGUGUGCAAGGACAUUGUGAAGCAGCCCAUUGUACUUCCCUGCCUGCACAGCGUGUGUCUCAUGUGUGCCUCCGAGGUGCUGGUUCAGAGCGGGUAUCCCCAGCCCGAGCUACCCCCGGAGCCCAACUCGCCAGCUUCUACCCCCAACACGCGGUCCCCACGGCAGAUGCGCAGACCCAUGCCCAAGUCUGACCGAGUGGACCGCCUGCUGCGCUCAGGUUCUGGGACAUACCCAGGCCGCAGGCGAAAGGAAGGCCCUCCACUUGUCAUGCUUUUUCCUUGCGUCCCCUGCGGACGAGAUGUGGAACUAGGUGAGAGAGGAUUGGCUGAGUGCAUGAGGAAUCUAACACUGGAGAGAAUUGUAGAAAGGUACAGGCACACAGUGAGUUUGGGCAGUGUGGCUGUGAUGUGUCAGUUCUGUAAACCCCCACAGGCGCUGGAGGCCACCAAAGGCUGUACUGACUGCAGAGCCAGCUUCUGUAAUGAGUGCUUCAAACUCUACCACCCCUGGGGCACUCCACGCGCCCAGCACGAACAUGUUCAGCCCACCCUCAACUUCAGGCCAAAGGUGUUGACAUGCCCAGAACAUGACCAGGAGAGGCUGCAGUUUUACUGUAAGUCAUGUCAGAUGCUUCUUUGUUCACUCUGUAAGCUGCGGAGGAUCCAUACGGGUCACAAGAUUGCACCUGUCACCCAAGCCUACCAGACUCUUAAGGACAAGAUCACCAAGGAGAUGAACUUUAUCCUGUCCAAUCAGGAAAUGGUGAUGACUCAGAUCACACAACUGGAGAAUGCAAUCACUCAAACUGAGGUGAACAGUGUAUCAGCCAAAGAGCAGCUCUCUCACUGCAUGAAGGAGAUAAUGGCGUUUCUAACCGAGCGGCAGACAAUGCUGGCCCAGGCUUUGGAAAGCUCACGGCAGAGAAGGGCAGAGGCUUUGGCCAAUCAGGUGGCUGAAAAACGCAGCUUGCUGGAACAUGCCGGCUUGAUAGCUUUCACUCAAGAGCUGCUCAAAGAAAAUGACCCAUCGAGCUUUGUGCACGCAGCCAGAAUAACACACAACAGAUUGGCCCAAUCUAUUGAAUCUGUGCAGCGGUUUUCUCUUUCUGCUGAUCCUUCGUUCCGUCACUUCCAGCUUGAUGUUUCCAGAGAGCUCAAACUCCUCACAGAUCUGAACUUCAUUCAGGCCCCUCUCGCUCCUGUGAUUGACACCCAGCGAACCCUCGCCUACGACCAGCUCUUCUUGUGUUGGCGCUUGCCUCAAGAAUCCAAUCCUGCCUGGCAUUACUCUGUGGAAUUCCGGCGGCGGGGGGUGGUGCCAGGGGGCGGGGCAAGAGGGGGGAUUCGCGGGGGAUUGGCUGCUGCUCGAUGGGGCUGGCAGAGAUUGGAGGAGGUGACCGGGACCUGUGCGGUGAUUGACAGGCUGGAGAUGGACAGUGUGUAUGUGCUGAGGGUGAGAGGCUGCAACAAGGCCGGCUUCGGCGAAUACAGUGAGGAAGUAUAUUUACACACACCACCAGCUCCAGUGUUGAAUUUUUACCUGGACUCUCGUUGGGGUCUGCACGCGGACAGACUGGUGCUGAGUAAGGAGCAGCGGUGUGCCCGCAGUGUGCCGGGUCUCUCCCUGCUGCAGGCGGCCGAUCGGGCCCUUACUUCCUGUCACCUGACAGCUGAUCUGGUUGUGGGUGAUGUGGCCAUAACACAGGGUCGACAUUAUUGGGCAUGCUCAGUGGAGCCCGGCUCAUAUCUGGUCAAGGUUGGUGUGGGCCUGGAAUCCAAACUUCAGGAAUGGUUUCAUCUGCCUCAAGAUAUGGCCAGUCCAAGAUAUGAUCCGGAUAGCGGCCAUGACAGCGGAGCAGAGGAUUCGUCAGAUUCUCCUCCCCCUUUCUCUUUUCUCACAAUGGGGAUGGGCAAGAUCUACCUGCCCUCUUCUGCCAACUCCCAUCAUGCCAAUGCCAAGCACCGAGAGUCUGGUUUCACUAAUGGCAACGGGCCUUCAUCGCCAGCUGGCGUCACCUAUCCACUGCCUCCGAGACUAGGAGUGUGUCUGGAUUUUGAGAAGGGGCGUGUCACGUUUUACGAUGCCCACUCGCUCCGCCCACUGUGGGAGGGGCCUGUGGACUGCUCUGCCCCCGUGUGCCCUGCUUUCUGUUUCAUUGGAGGCGGAGCUCUACAGCUACAGGAGCUGGUUGUCAAUCGUAAUGCAAAUCAAACCCCUGUGAGACGAGUCACUAUUCAAUCACGUGUAACCAAACUGAACUGAACUCUGAUUGAUUAUCUGAUUGAUUUUAUAAUUCGAUUUUAGAGAUGGAUAUUUUUAAUUGCACACAAGAUAAAACUAAAGCUUAUUUUUAUUUUUGUGGCUGUACUGCUUGCUGAAUUACUGAUGAAUUAUUAAUUUGCUGAUCUCACUUAUAUAAUGUACCCAAGAAAAGUAUUUAAAAUGCAUCUAUAUACACACACACACACACACACACACAUUAUGUAUGCAAAAAUAUAUAUUUCCCAGCUUAUAAUCGGUGACCUCUCUGCUCCAGCGUAGGAAAUGUGCCUCAAAGUUUUUUUUAUAGUACAUUCCACCCACACUGUAGUGAUAUAAUAUACCUUGUAUUAAAGUAUCUUUUGCUUAUUAAUCUCCAAACAGAGCAGAAAUUCAAGACUGUUACACAAAGCCUCAUUUUAUAACCCACGAAACUGUUGUAAACAUCUGCUCUUUUAACCUCUAGCCAUGUGCUUUCAGGACAGAUCUGUCAAACUCUUUCAGCUGUCAACUGGAGCAUUUACAAAGAUAUUUACUCAAAAUACGUCUAAUGCCAGACCAAAUGCUUCUUGCUUCUUUUUCUGCCAUAAAUGGUUAAGAAGAAUUUUGAUUUGUUGAGAUAUGUGGUUUUUUGACUGCAAUCGGUAUAUAAAAUGAUAUAAAAUGAAUUAGGGCACAUUGACCUUAUAGCAUACACAAAUUGUUGCUUUGAAUUCCCAUAUACUAUUGGACAAUUGGAAAAUAUUUAAAGCUAAAUGAUUUAAGAGAAGCCUCUUAAGAAUUAAAAUAUUCAAUGCAAUAGAUUUGAAUUGCACUGCUUUACUCAGUAUUUAUGCGAUUAAAAGUGUAUGUGUGUGUGAUGCACUAACCCCACCAUUAUAAGUCACCUUAUGCAAAUUCAUACUGAAGCUUGUAGAGAAUAUAUUUUGGAUUUCAGUCCAGCGUAAAGCUGUGCUUCCCUGGAAUGGCUUUAGAGUGUAGUCUGGAUCUUGCUGGAGAGAAUGGUAGCUUUUGCCUGCUGGUAAUAAUUCUAAUAAAUAAUUAUCUGAAAA